AUGCCUGCUCCUUAUUCUGACAACCUCUAUUCCGCCGACUCUGACGACGAACCUGAUGUCCUUUCGCCAACUGACGGUUACUUCCACGCGUCGUCUGAGUCGUCGUCAUCUCGCUCUCCUCACGUCCCAAACGUGCUUGUUGAGGAUCCCACGCAGUUGAGUCAAGAUGCCAAAGCUCAAGAAGCUGAAAGGGAGAGGAGGUUAUUAAAUGCCGGAGGCUCUUCUGAGGGACAAGGACACGGUGGAAGCACUGCCUCGUUACACGAAAGUCAGGAAAGCCCUGCUGAGAAUCCAAUCGCUGCAACUCCUCAGCCCCAGCCUCAACCUUAUUCACAAAGAAUCUCGACGUUUGCUCAUUCUGUUGAUGCACCACCUGCUUAUUCACCUUCACCUACAUCACCAAACACACUCAGCAACUACCAAACAUUCACUUCUACAGCGACAAUGGCUCGACCUGAAGAGACCCAGUCUCUUGUUGUUCACUCUCAUGCGCCAGAGUCUAUGAGCGACCCGUCACCCAACUCAACUCAACCACCCUCACGCUGGGAGAACUUUAAAGAUUUCAUCGCAAAACUUAACGUCCGAAGGAAGCUCAAGACAUUCCUUGCUUCGUUGCUGAUCUUUUCUGUUGUCUUUAUGAUCUUCAGCAGCUUCACCAUGCAGUCUAGCCACGGUCCACAUAAAUCCCAUCUUAAGGACGAGUUCGCCUGGCGUCCUUCCAAGACAUGUCCCAACAAGGCUCAUCGUUAUGGAAAGGUCUUCAAAGAGCUAGAUAUCCAGCUAUCACGCAAUCUUAGCAUUAUCCAAACCGUCAAGGAUACCAGAGGCCAUGAAGGAUGGACCACCCACAUCUCGGGCGAAGUCGUUCUUCGUCCUACAGAUAAAUCAUCGCCUGCUAAGAUAGAGGCCGAAGUCAUCUCCAACACCGACGGUCUCGGAAUCGAUAUGUAUGUUGACAAUGCGACGCAACUUGUCGAGCUGGUGGUGCCACGAAAGAUUGACUGGAACGCAACUGAAUCGACUCCUUGUAUCCAAGUCCGAGCUACCCUCUGGGUACCUCGUGGGUCGGUCAUCAACACUCUGACUAUCAAUACCUCGCAGUUCAAUGUAAUUAUCGACCAAGGUCUCGUUCUUGGAGCUUUAGACGGUGUCAAUAUCCGAAGUGCCAGUGGUGACAUCAACGCCCCUACUAUCGAUGUGACCAGCACUGACAAGGCUGCCGACCCAUACACUCUUUCUUCUCGCGAGAUCCACAUUCAUACAUCCAGCGGCGACGUGAGAGGAUGGUAUCCUUUGUACGAUCUUCUUGAUAUCGGAACCGCCUCUGGUGACAUUACCACCGGCGUCGCUCCCAAGCCCGUUAACCCGCAGGCCGUUCGAUCUGCCACGCUCAAAGUGCGAACCGCCUCUGGAACUAUCAAGAUUGACGAGCCUAUCGCGGGUGCUCGAAAGGCCCCUCGCCCGGAUCGCGAGUUUCCACCGCGCGACUACAGAGUCGACAUUAUCACUGCAUCAGGAGACGUCACGGCCGAUGUAGCUGCGAGUUCGUCCGCAUCUUUCAAAUCACAAUCUGGUGAUCUGAAGCUUAACAUCUGGCCUGUGCUGGAUUCAAGUUUACAAAUGGCUAUCGGUCAAGACAGCCCGUAUCUCGAGACUGAUACAAAGAGCGGAGAUACCGAAGUCAACCUUCUCGAGCCUUUGUGGACAAGCCUUGCCACCAUCGGUACUACCAUCCCUCCAUUGGAGCCCUAUGACCCAAAGAGCGGCCGUGAGCCAUACAUCGUUCUAGCAGAAGAUGUCAAGACUGAAACCAAAGCCAGCAAGUCCUCCCUUGGAGCCCUACAGUCAAAGCACAAGUCGAUCAGCGGAACUGUCAAGCUCGUAUAUCCUCAAUCUUGGGAGGGCAUUCUGUAUGCGCAGUCCAACUCGGGCUCGCAAGACUUUAAGGGCAGGGAUUUGAAGAUUACACACGAGGGAGGAACGUUUAUAAAUAUCAUUAGGGGACGCAAGGGUACCAAAGGAUACUCUUCUCUUGAGGUUAAUACCGUGUCUGGAGACCAGUUUGUCGUAAUCGGAGAGAAAUAUUGA